CAAUUUUGAAAUACCCUUAUCUAUCUUACACCUAUCAUCGUCACAUGUAUUUAUGAAUUUAGGCUAGCUGUUGCACUUGUCUCACUGGUCAUCUUAACAACUUGAUCAUGUGAGAUAUGCACAAUUAUAAAUUCUUGCUCCAAUUAUAAAGCACAUAACCACAUGAAACUAGAUGCCCUCUCACUUGUCUUUUGUACCUCAUCACAUGACAAAAAUCUACUAGUAAUUCAUCAUAUUUUAUAACUAUAAAAGAACACCCUUUUUCAAACAUUUGAUCUCCCCUUGAAACUUGGGUCUUGACUCAUUUCUCUCCCACAAACUUUCUUGGGUCAUUCCCCAAUGAAUCUUUAUAUAUAUUAAUCUUAAAAAUCUCGUAUUUCAUAUAGUGUUUUCUUUGUUAAAAGAAAUGGGGAAGAAGAUUAUGAGAUUUGGCAAGUUAUUAGACAGUUUGUGUCUCUCAAAUGGUGGUGCAAGUUCUUGUCUUUGUUGCAUUAAAAGUUUUGAAAUCCAAGAUGAUUCUGAGUUUGAGACAGAACCACUUGUCGAUCAGUCCAAAGAUGCAUCGGAUAAACCUCAGACUCUUGCCUUCUUUCUAAAGCCAAAGAUGGUGGUGCUAAGGGUGUCCAUGCAUUGCAAUGGUUGCGCAAGGAAAGUACAAAGACACAUCUCCAAGAUGGAAGGAGUGACAUCCUACCAAGUGGACCUGGAAACCAAGAUGGUGAUCGUAAUGGGGGACAUUGUUCCAUUUGAGGUGUUGGAGAGUGUUUCUAAGGUCAAAAAUGCACAACUUUGGACUGAACACCCAUCUCAUGAUUUUUUGGAAUAGAUUAGUUGUAUUAAAAUCAAAUAUAUUUUAUAUAUUUGUGUAAGUAGAAUUUUAAAACGAUGUCGUUAUAAAUGGUUUUUGGGUUAGGUUUGUCAUCAAUUAAAACAUGUAUUGUGUUUAUUUAUGAUAUGAACUUACCCAUAUUAAGCUCGUAUCAUGUUAUUAGACUAAAUGUAAAACUCAAUUAAAAGUCGGUUUGUAUAAGGAUAGAAUAUCAAGACUUACAAACCACCAAUCCAAUUCAUAUUUGAGUAUAUGGGAUAGUAAUAAUUUAAAUAUGC